GGACACUCCGCUUCCGUAGAACCGCAAACCACAAUAAGACACAUUACGGCCGACAUACAGAAGGCGUUUCAUUCCGCGAUAUAUCGCUUUACCUCUGUACCCGCUCGCUCCAUUCCGCAGCCUUUUUCUUCUCUUCUGCUCUCUGCUCACUGCAGGACCGCCUCGCUUGUUCUUCUACCUUUCGCUUUCGUGCUUUCAACACACCACAAACAACAGCAUAAAAAUGACCUCGCGUCGCGUGGUGCGCCUGCCCGAUGGCACGUCGGUGCCUGCGCUUGGCCAGGGAGUGUGGAUGAUGGGCGACAACCUUCGCAAGCGUGCUGCGGAGCUGGCGGCGCUGCGGGCGGGUGUGUCAGCCGGCAUGACGCUGAUCGACACGGCAGAGAUGUACGGCAACGGCCGGUCCGAAAAGCUGGUCGCCGAGGCGAUUCAGAACACCCCUCGUGAAAGUCUGUUUAUCGUGUCGAAGGUGCUCCCGAGCAACGCAGACCGCGCACGGAUCUUCCGCAGCUGUGACGACUCUCUCCGCAACCUCGGUGUCUUCUACCUGGACCUCUACCUGCUCCACUGGCGUGGCGGGGUGCCGCUGUCGGAGACGGUCGCCUGCAUGGAGGAGCUCGUGAAGGGCGGCAAAAUUCGCCGCUGGGGGGUGUCGAACUUCGAUGUGGAGGACAUGAAGGAGCUGUGGCGUGUGCCGGAUGGUAGCCACUGUGCGGUGAACCAAGUCCUCUACCAUCUCGGCUCCCGAGGCAUUGAGUACGACCUACUUCCGUGGUUGACGGAGCACAAGGUGCCGGUGAUGGCCUACUGCCCCAUCGCCCAGGCAGGCGAGCUGAAGUCGGAGCUGUACGCGAGUCCGGUGCUGAAGAAGGUGGCGCAGCGACACCAGGCGACGGUGACGCAGAUUUUGCUGGCGUUUGUGCUGCGCAGCGGACAUGUCAUCGCCAUCCCGCGCUCGAGCAGCGCUGAGCACACGACAGAGAACGCCGCAGCGGACGGCAUUGAACUGACGCCGGCGGAUAUGGAGGAGCUCGACGGUGCCUUCCCCGCACCCAAGACGAAGACUCCCUUGGACAUUGUGUAA